UAGCGGCCGGGCCGGGGGCUCCGCGGCACCAUAAAUACCCCGGCGGCCGCUCGCCCGCGCACUCUGCCGGGGCCUCCCGCGGCCGCCGGAGCCAUGCGAGCCGCCGCGCUGCUGCUGGCCCUCCGCACGCUCUGGGCGCUGGCGUUUUCCUCCCUCUCCAACACGCUGGCGGUGAACAACAGCGGGCGAUGGUGGGGCAUCAUCAACGUGGCCUCCUCCACCAACCUGCUGACGGACUCCAAGAACGUGCAGCUGGUGCUGGACCCCAGCCUGCAGCUGCUGAGCCGCAAGCAGCGCAAGCUGAUCCGCCAGAACCCCGGCAUCCUGCACAGCGUCAGCUCCGGCCUCCAGACCGCCAUCAAGGAGUGCAAGUGGCAGUUCCGCAACCGCCGCUGGAACUGCCCCACCUCCCAGGGCCCCAACAUCUUCGGCAAAAUCGUCAACCGGGGCUGCCGGGAGACGGCGUUCAUCUUCGCCAUCACCAGCGCCGGCGUGACGCACUCGGUGGCCCGCUCCUGCUCGGAGGGCUCCAUCGAGUCGUGCACCUGCGAUUACCGGCGCCGUGGCCCCGGGGGGCCCGACUGGCACUGGGGUGGCUGCAGUGACAACAUUGACUUCGGGCGGCUCUUCGGGAGGGAGUUUGUGGACUCCAGCGAGAAGGGCCGCGACCUGCGCUUCCUCAUGAACCUGCACAACAACGAGGCCGGGCGCAUGACAGUCUUCUCCGAGAUGCGCCAGGAGUGCAAGUGCCACGGCAUGUCGGGCUCGUGCACCGUGCGCACGUGCUGGAUGCGGCUGCCCACCUUCCGCGCCGUGGGCGACGUCCUCAAGGACCGCUUCGACGGCGCCUCGCGGGUCAUCUACGGCAACAAGGGCAGCAACCGGGCCUCGCGGGUGGAGCUGCACCACCUGGAGCCCGAGAACCCGGCGCACAAGCCGCCCUCGCCCCAUGACCUCGUCUACUUCGAGAAGUCGCCCAACUUCUGCACCUACAGCGGCAAGAUGGGGACGGCGGGCACGGCCGGGCGCUUCUGCAACAGCUCCUCGCCGGGGCUGGACGGGUGCGAGCUGCUGUGCUGCGGGCGCGGGUACCGCACGCGGACCCAGCGCGUCACCGAGCGCUGCAACUGCACCUUCCACUGGUGCUGCCACGUCAGCUGCCUGAACUGCACCAACACCCAGGUGCUGCACGAGUGCCUGUGAGCCCCCGCGCCGCCCCGGAGGGGGUCUGCGCCGCCCCCCAUGACGGGUGCCCGCUUGGAUGGAAGGCGCCCACGGGCGGGCGUGUGGCUGCGCCCCGGGACACCCC